AGAGAGAGAGAGAGGGGCGGCGUUAGACAAUACCAUUCCUCAAAUAUAUUCCGUCCCCUCCGUCCCUGAAGUGAGCCUUUAUUAGUCGGGAUCGUUUGGAUUUUAUCUCGCAUAUGACACUUGGUGGAAGAAAGACUGGAGGAAAGAAAGAGAGGGGAUUAUCUUUGAACUGCCUUCCGAUCCGCUCAGUCCUGACACGGGAGAGCCGCGCUUAUCUCGCCCCUUCAUCACCGUCUUCCACAGGCGGAUGGACGAGAAGCCCCGGCUGCACUUCCUCCACUAUCUGCCCAUCUCCUCUAUUGUCUCUCCAUCGCUGGGAUCACACGGGGGGGAGCUGACUGAUCCCUGCUCACAUCAUUAUUAUCUUCUUCUUUUUUUUGGCAAUCGACUGAUCACUUAUCAUCUGUGUAAGACUUCGGGACCGUUGACCUGCACGCACAUUUCCCUGCUUGACGUUUGACCCCAGCCCGCGUGAUUCCCAUGUUGCAAGUUCGCGGGUGAAAAAAGUAAAACUUGUUCAUAUAUUUAUUUUGGUUAAUUCUUUUUUUUUUUUAAAUUUCGGUUAGACUGAAUGCCCGUCGUCUCUUGAACCUCUGCUGAUUGUUACUGUGGAAUAUGAGUUAAUUUGGAGUUGAAGGCUCCGCUCAAGAGCGUUUUUUUUUUAAGUUGGUUUCCUGAAGAUUUUUCCUCCCAACUCUUUGUCAAGGUUUCUUAAGGAGGAGUGAGUGCCAACAUCGGAGAAUAAAGAUGAUGCUGAGCCCGGACCAGGCGGAGGCGGACCUCUCCUGGACUCAGUCCGACCCGGAGUCCAUUCUUAACGGCCUCAAGUCGGCCGGCUGCACCUCGGACGAGCCGGCGGAGGGCGAGGAGAGGGCCAAAUGUAAAGGCGACCAGCCGCUGAGCAGAGAGGAGAAGAGGCGGAGGCGGAGGGCCACGGCCAAGUACCGCUCGGCCCACGCCACCAGAGAGAGGAUCCGGGUGGAGGCGUUCAACGUGGCCUUCGCGGAGCUGAGGAAAUUACUCCCCACUUUGCCCCCAGACAAGAAACUCUCCAAGAUCGAGAUCCUCAGACUGGCUAUAUGCUACAUCUCCUAUCUCAAUCAUGUGCUGGAUGUUUAAAAGUCACCCCACCCCCGUCAACCCCCCCCCCCCCCCCCCCCCCCCCCCCCCCACCCCUCCAUGAGAGAGAAAUGGUUUGGUUUGGGGUUGACAGGACUCAAGUGCACGCUGGGCGUCAAUCGGGUAUGGCAAGGUCGGCAGCUAGGGUCGACUGGUGAGAAGCA